AUGGCGGCGGCAGCAGUAGCGGAGCCCCGGAAGGUUCCGCGGCCAGGACGCGGCGGCGUAAUCUCCCACAACUUAACUGAAGAAGAAGCUCGGGUGAAAGCCAUAGCCGAAAUCGUUUCAAACAUGGUGGAGCUUUCCCAUAAGGGCGAGAAUGUCGACCUAAAUGCUCUAAAGUCGGCAGCUUGCCGGAAAUAUGGUCUGUCCCGAGCCCCAAAGCUUGUCGAGAUGAUUGCCGCGCUUCCCGAUUCUGAGCGGGAGUUGCUCCUCCCAAAACUCCGAGCUAAACCCGUCCGUACAGCCUCCGGGAUUGCUGUGGUAGCGGUUAUGUCGAAACCUCACCGGUGUCCUCAUAUUGCUACAACAGGGAAUAUCUGUGUCUAUUGCCCCGGUGGACCGGACUCGGAUUUUGAGUACAGUACUCAAUCAUAUACUGGAUAUGAACCUACCAGUAUGCGUGCAAUUCGAGCUAGAUACAACCCAUAUGUUCAAGCCCGAAGUAGGAUAGAUCAGUUGAAGAGAUUGGGUCACAGCGUUGACAAGGUUGAAUUUAUUUUAAUGGGAGGAACUUUCAUGUCUUUGCCAUCUGAGUACCGUGACUAUUUCAUUCGGAACCUUCAUGAUGCAUUGUCAGGGCAUACUUCUGCUAAUGUUGAAGAAGCAGUUGCUUAUUCUGAACACAGUGCGGUGAAAUGCAUUGGGAUGACCAUUGAAACGCGACCUGAUUAUUGCCUGGGGCCUCAUCUAAGGCAAAUGCUUUCAUAUGGCUGUACCCGGUUGGAGAUUGGAGUUCAGAGCAUAUAUGAGGAUGUAGCCCGUGAUACAAAUAGAGGUCAUACAGUUGCUGCUGUUGCUGAUUGCUUUUGCUUGGCAAAGGAUGCUGGUUUUAAGGUGGUUGCUCAUAUGAUGCCUGAUCUUCCAAAUGUUGGCGUGGAAAGGGACAUGGAGAGUUUUAAGGAAUUUUUCGAGAACCCGUCCUUCAGGGCCGAUGGACUUAAAAUAUACCCUACUCUUGUUAUUCGUGGUACUGGUCUUUAUGAACUCUGGAAGACUGGCAGGUAUCGAAAUUAUCCUCCUGAGCAGCUUGUUGACAUUGUAGCUAGAAUUCUGGCAAUGGUUCCCCCUUGGACGCGUGUCUAUAGGGUUCAGCGAGAUAUCCCUAUGCCUCUGGUUACUUCUGGGGUUGAAAAAGGGAAUCUACGGGAGCUGGCUUUGGCUCGGAUGGAUGAUUUAGGCUUGAAAUGUCGAGAUGUGCGAACUCGUGAAGCUGGAAUACAGGAUAUUCAUAACAAAAUAAGGCCAGAAGAAGUCGAGCUUGUCCGACGUGAUUAUACUGCAAAUGAAGGCUGGGAAACUUUUCUUUCAUACGAGGAUACACGCCAGGAUAUUCUUGUUGGUUUGCUUCGUUUGAGGAAAUGUGGCCGAAACGUCACUUGCCCUGAACUCACAGGAAAAUGUUCUAUUGUUCGGGAACUCCAUGUCUAUGGAACAGCAGUUCCUGUGCACGGACGGGAUGCUGAUAAAUUGCAACACCAAGGAUACGGUACACUGCUGAUGGAAGAAGCGGAGCAUAUUGCUCGCAGAGAACACAGGUCAAAGAAAAUAGCCGUCAUUUCAGGAGUCGGAACCCGUCACUAUUACAGAAAGUUGGGUUAUGAGCUUGAAGGUCCUUACAUGGUGAAAUACCUUGCAUGA